GUGAUGAGGUAGUAAAUGAGGUAGGUUUGAAAAUUGAUAAUAAUGAUAUAUCCGAUGCAGAAAUAUACAAUCCCAUUAAUAAGCUCGAUGUAGUAGGGGAACAAGUAAAAGUUACUGAUGUUUUUGUUGUCGAUUUUCCUGAAAAGUCAUUGAGAUUGGAUGACCCAUGGCUACAGUUAAAUGAAGCAAAAAUAGAUUUCGUUAAUAAAAAUCUUACAUUACUUGAUGAUGUUGAUGUACCAUUAGUUGUUAAAUCAGAAAUCCCAGCACUAGUGCAAGGCUAA